AUGACUACUCCUCGACGCUCCAGUGCUCCAAUCGAGCCCGACCCAUCGAUCUUCCAGCACCUGAGAAGCGGUGCUUACCGUUCCAGUUAUGAUGGAGCCUCGUGGGGAAGGAAUCAGCAAACGCAAACAAUUGAUAUUGGAAGCCCGCGCCUCGCUAACCAACAUCAGCGAGUUGCUUCAGACGAGACUAAGUUUUUGUCUCCAGUCUCAAACUCAGCAACAUUCUCAAAUGAAGUCGAUGCAGUUGAUAUUGAGGCCAAUGCAGGAGCAGAAGCUGCCGACAACGCCUCUCAGCCUGCACACCCUUUAGCAAACAGAAGGAAUCCUAACUAUGAUUUAUUCAAAACCAUUUCCGAAGACUACAAGAUGCUCGAGAAUGGGAUACCACGACUAGGAGGCUUUCUACACUCCAAUGAUUCUUUCGAUAUGCAUCGACAGUUUGCCACAGAAGCAUCGGAGCACUUAGUUGCAUAUCAGAUAGAAAUACACCUAAUGUCUGCCGAGAUACGUGAAAUGCAGAAGCGAUACGCUAGGCCAGGUGAAGAGACAAACUCAAAUUUAUGGUCCACCCGCAAUCCUGAUCCGGAUUACAAGGAGAAAAUACAAGAGCGUUUAAAACUUUUGAUCACAUACUAUGACCUUCUUCUGAAAUAUAACCAAGUCAAAGCACUUGAAAAGGUGGCAGAUCAUGACUACACCAGCGUAAGAAAAUGGAUGGGAAUGAAUUUUCCACUUGGAAGUAAAGAAGAACGGUAUUUGUACGUCAAGGAAGAUUUCGUAGCAAUACUGGGGUCCAAUUCAGGCAAUCGAAACAGUAAACUUGAAGGCAUUAUAAAACAGAAACUCGCAGAAUGGAACUGGCCUUGGGUAAAGUUCAUGCUCCGAGACAAAAGAAAAGAUGCCGCUGCGGAAGACCCAGCAAUCUUCCAUGGCUCCUCUGCGCGACUUUCGAUCGCCGCAAAAAUAGGCAUAUCGCUUCUCGCUAUCUCUAUCAUGCUUGCGCCAGUUCUCGUGAUUUUUUUGUGUGAGUUGUCUCGAGCGCUUCAAGCGGCGAUCGUAGCGGUCUUCCUCGCCGCAUGCGUAGCCGUUAUGGUCGUGAUGGAAGAAUUGACAGAGCAUACACUCUUCCUAUGUAUUGCUGCCUAUGGAGCUAUUCUUGUGGCCAUUCUAGGCAAUGUGAUGAGUCGCAAAGCCUAG